AUGGCCACCCUCGAGCAGGUCGCAGCCCAGGUUGUGACCUUGAGGCAGGAGUUGAAUGAGAGUCGAAGGGGAGAGGAGGACUUGAACAAUAGGCUUCAGGCGGCCCAGAGUACAGGGGCUAUGCAGGCAGCUUUGCAGGAGAUGGUCAACGCGCAGAAGGCCAUCCUGGAAGCGUCCAAGAAGCCAGAUAAGAAGUUGACUCUGGUAGACGACCGCGGUUUGGCAAAGCCAAGCAACUUUGAUGGCAGUUCGGAUUUCCUCCAAUGGAAGAUCCGGUUGGAAGCCUUUGUUGAAACGGGUCCAAUCAGCGCAUCCAUGAAUGCCGAGUUUGGUGAGACUACUCCGGCACAGGAGACAAUACCAGACCUGGAAUCAAAAGAUGCACAACUUUACGCUGUCCUCCAAACCCUCUCUAAAAAGAGGAAUUCAUGCUCGUCAGAAGCGCAGGCAAGAGUAAAGGCUUAG